AAAGCCCAUAAGGAUACACGUCCAAGCUAAUUAAUAAUACUAUUAAGCCUAGUCGCUACAACACAGUUAUCACAAUUAUCUAUUGCUGAGCGUAAACAAUGGCCGCAGGUCAAGGGGAAGAAUUCGUCUACAGAAUUAGCACUGCUGAGGAAUGGGAAGCAUUGCAAAAGAAUGGAUCUGUUUUUGGCGGUGACUUAGACAAAUCCUCUGGUUUCAUUCACCUCAGCUCCCUUCAUCAGGUGAAGCCGACACUGCAGAAUUUUUUCUCCAACGUCAAGCUGGAUUUGUACCUUCUUCAAAUUGAUGCUAAGAAGCUUGGAGAUGGAUUGAUAUAUGAAGUUGUAGAUAGUUCCAACAGCUUCCCGCACUUCUAUGGCCCAUCUCGAAGCUUUGCUCCUCUUCCAUUAGAUGCAGUUACAAAAGCUGAGAAGCUAUCGGUAGUAGAUGGCCAAUUGAGCUGCAGUUUACUGAAUUAGCGCUGAUGAUUCAACAGCUUCCUGCACUUCCAUCGUGUGGAGAUAAUGUACACAUUGGAUUUGGAUGUAACUAUACAAUGUUAUGCCAUUGUAAUACUUCACUCCUAAUAAUAGCAAUGGUGUGUGUGUAUUAGUUGUGGUUUUAUCCAUUGUACUUCUGGGACUCCAUCUCUGUUCACACCCUGUAUCAGGGCUUGAAGAAUUUUGUUAUUUCGAUUUUUGAGUCAAUUUACUUGAGCAGUAAAGAAGCAGGUUGAGCCUGUUUUCUCAGCCUGUAAAAGUUUCUUGCUAAAAA